AUGUUCAGUACUUUGCCAGUCUACGCCGUAGCGCUGAUCAUGUUCCGCGAUAGUGGUGAUAUUGGUCUGAUCGGCUUGGCCGUCAUGGGUCAAAAUCUGAUCCUCAACAUGAACGACAAAGGCUUCACUGUCGUUGCCUACAACCGUACCACCUCAAAGGUUGACAACUUCCUCGCGAACGAGGCCAAAGGUACCAAGGUGCAAGGUGCUUGGUCUAUCCAAGAGCUCUGCGCGAAGCUCAAGACGCCGCGGAAAAUCAUUCUCUUGGUCAAGGCGGGCCAGGCCGUCGAUGACUUCAUCGCCCAGCUAGAGCCUUACCUUGAGCCGGGUGACAUCGUCAUUGACGGCGGUAACUCGCACUACCCCGACUCUAUCCGCCGUACCAAGGAACUCGAGUCCAAGGGCUUCCUCUUUGUCGGCUCUGGCGUCUCCGGUGGUGAAGAGGGCGCCCGCAAUGGUCCAUCGCUCAUGCCCGGUGGUUCAACCGCUGCGUGGCCAGCCAUCAAGGAAAUCUUCCAGAAGACCGCAGCUCAGGCAUACGGCGAGCCGUGUUGUGACUGGGUGGGCGAGACCGGCUCCGGGCACUACGUCAAAAUGGUACACAACGGCAUUGAAUAUGGUGACAUGCAACUGAUCGCCGAAGCGUACGAUAUUCUGAAGCGCGGUCUUGGGCUCCAUGAGGAUGAGAUCGCUGAUAUCUUCUUGAAGUGGAACAAGGGCGUCCUCGACUCGUUCCUCAUCGACAUCACCGCCAACAUCCUCAAAUUCAAAGACGACGAUGGCGAACCCGUUGUCACCAAGAUCCUCGAUAAGGCCGGUCAGAAAGGUACCGGUAAAUGGACCGCCAUCGCCGCGCUGGAUGCCGGUACUCCCGUUACUCUCAUCGGAGAGGCUGUUUUCGCCCGUUGUUUGUCGGCUAUCAAGGAGGAGCGUGUACGCGCCAGUAAAGUUAUCGCUGGCCCGCAGAAAGAGCCAUUCCGCGGCGACAAGCAGCUGUUCAUCGAUGAUCUCGAACAGGCCCUUUACGCUUCCAAGAUCAUAUCCUAUACCCAAGGAUUCAUGCUCAUGAGAGAGACUGCAAAGGAGCUCGGUUGGAACUUGAACUACGCUGGCAUCGCCAGUAUGUGGCGAGGGGGUUGCAUUAUCAAGAGCGUCUUCUUGAGCGACAUCACCGCCGCAUACCGAAAGGACCCGAAAUUGGAAUCCCUACUCUUCGACGACUUCUUCAACAAAGCCGUGCACACGGCGCAACCCGGAUGGCGACGAGUAAUUGCUCAGGCCGUCCUAUGGGGCAUUCCUACGCCUGCAUUCAGCACUGCCCUCGCCUUCUUUGACGGAUACAGGAGCGAAAUCGUCCCCGCCAAUCUUCUCCAGGGUCAGCGUGACUACUUCGGUGCCCAUACGUUCCGUGUGCUCCCAGGAAAGGAGAACGACAAGUUCAAGACUGGACAAGAUAUUCAUGUGAAUUGGACUGGGCGUGGUGGAAAUGUUUCUGCCUCAACGUACAUCGCUUGA